CGUCAUCAUGACUUUAGUUCGUUCGUUAAACGUCAGUUAGUCGUCAAAAUAAGCAAAUAACCUAUUUUUUUUGUAUUAUUCUGACGAAAACAAUAACCUUCGAGGUUAAUUACAAUCAUUAUUUAUGUGCGAUAAGGUCAUACAAAACCAGUUUACAUGCUUAUCCUCAACACACUUACGAUUUUGCUACAAGUAGCGUUUAUAGUGUCUAUGUCACUGCUGUCCAUGAACAUAAUCAGAUAUUUUACUGGUGGUGUUAAAAAAAUGGCUUUAAUUGCUCCAGCGAUGUUCGUUAACCACGGAGGAGGUCCUAUGCCUCUUCUGGGGGACAAAGACCACGCAGGACUGACGAAUUUCCUGCGCGACGGUGUCCAAAAGCAUCUAAAUUUAAAGGAGGUAAAAGCUAUCAUUCUUGUGACUGCCCAUUGGGAAGAGAAUGUCGUAACGAUAUCUUCGGGUAAACAUCACGAUCUAUACUUCGAUUAUUACGGUUUCCCGCCAGAAACCUACAAAUAUAAGUACGAUGCACCCGGAGAUCCGGCUUUAGCAGAAAGGAUCCAUCAUACGUUGAAAAAGGCGGGAAUAAAUUCGAAAUUGGAUGCGAAAAGAGGAUGGGACCAUGGAGUUUUUGUGCCAAUGAUGUUAAUUAACCCUGCAGCCAGUGUGCCUAUAGUACAAAUUUCAGUUUUGUCUAAUCAGGAUCCAGAACAGCAUUAUAAACUUGGGCAGGCGUUAUAUGAAUUUAGAAAAGAAGGUAUUGCCAUUUUGGGCUCUGGAAUGUCGUACCACAACAUGAGAGAAUUUAUGUUAGGCCGACACCAAUCCUCAGUAGUAAACAAAGAAUUUGACGAAUACUUAAACAAAGUUUGCACUGCAGAAGAUGAGGCUGAACGAAAAGAAGGUUUGUUGUCCUGGAGACAACAGAAAGGUGCUACAGAAGCCCAUCCAAUGAGGGCAGCGGAGCAUUUUAUGCCAUUGAUAGUAAUUGCAGGCGCUGGGGGCUCAAAACCUGGUGAGCGUAUCUUUAACUGGGAUAUGAGCGGUGUGUUCCGAUUAAGUGCCUUCGUAUGGAAAGAUGAGUGAUUACAUUAUUCUAGAAUAUUCUAAAUUAAGUCAGCAUUUUGCAAAUAUUGUUUACGUAAUCAUGAUGAGGUAUUUUUGUUGUGAAUGCUGUUGAACUUUCAUAUCUACAGAUAACUGUUAUGCUUGCUGUUGCGAACACAAAAAUGCAAGUCUUUUAUAUGGUACUAGCUACUCCUGUGUGGUUUUACUCGCUCUGCUCGUCUCCUAUUUAUUGUAGCGUGAUAUUUUAUACUCUAUAGCCUUCCUCUGUAAAUGAACUAUGCAACACAAAAAUAAUUAUUCAAAUUGGCCCAGUAGUUCUUAAUAUUAGUGCAUGCAAACAAACAGACAAACUGUUUAGCUUUAUAUAAUAUUAUAAGAUAAGAUAAUGGACUCUAUUGUAAACUAACCCACAGCUUUCCCUGAAUUGUAAAAUAAAUAAAAGUAGGCUACAUCACUCCCCAUGCCUAAGGCAGUAUGUCUACAUUUAAGUGCAUUAAAAUAAAAAUAUAAAUUAUCUAUGGCUGCAUGAAGAUAAUUACAUAAAAUAUCUGUGGAUAUGAAAAGUUAAAAAAAACAAUGCAUUUUCUUAUGAGGCUAUGUUUAAGUUACAAAGAAAGUGUAUUUAAACUGUCAAACACCGAAAAAACUGUAUAAUGACGGUACUCGACGAGUUAAUCUGUAAAUUGGUGGACUUAUGGUCAAGUAAUGCAAUAUUUUGAAACAUUUAUCAAUAUUUUUAUUUUUCUUUAAAGGCUAAUUAUAUUUGAAAUGGAUGCUUGAUAUGCUGAAGAAAUAAGUAUAGGUAUCAAUAGUAUAUGUUGGUAUAACCUUUUUGGCAUAAUAACAUUUUCACAUUUUUUUUUUCAUAUAAUUCUUGGGUAUAAGAUGGAUUCUGGUCACAAAUAAAAAAGAGUUUAAUUCAAUAUUACCAUGCCUUUGAAUUUAAUGUACAAACAUUGUUUCAUUAACUUAAAAUUAUGCAUAAAUUGGAAUGCGUAAAUAAUUUAAUGCCAUAUUAAAUGCCUAAUCAAAAUGAUUCAUAAAUAACAACAAACCUAAAGAAUCACUUUUUUGGCGGCAAAUUUGUAAAACAAAUUAUGAACAUAGGUACUUUUACUUCUAAUUUUUAAGUAACUUAUUUCUUUUGUUUUAA